CUCCAGCCAUUGGUGUCUGUGUCAUUACUAAUAGAGUCUUGUAAACACUCGUUAAUCACGUAAGGCCGCCGGCCUGGGGCUCCGCACGCCAGCCGCUGGCGGGUCUUCCCCGCCUCUGCAGCCUGGUGGAAAGGAGGUGGGAGGAAAGAAGGAAGAGAGAGCGGGAGGGAGGGAGGGAGGGAGGGAGGAGGCAGGCCCGAGGCAGGGACCGCCUCAGAGGCAGAGGCGCCGCGAGGAGCCGGCGGAGCACCGCGGGCCGGGGCGCAGCCACCCGCAGUUCCAGCGCCCCUUCACCCCCUUCGCCAGCGCGGCGCCCCCCGGCAGCCUCCAGCGUCCGUCCCCGGGCAGCAUGGUGAGGUUCGCCGUCGGGCCCUCGCCACCAUGUACGUGAGCUACCUCCUGGACAAGGACGUGAGCAUGUAUCCCAGCUCCGUGCGCCACUCUGGCAGCCUCAACCUGGCCCCGCAGAACUUCGUCAGCCCCCCGCAGUACCCGGACUACGGCGGCUACCAUGUGGCGGCCGCGGCCGCCGCCGCCGCCAACCUGGACAGCGCGCAGUCCCCUGGGCCGUCCUGGCCGGCCGCCUACGGCGCCCCGCUCCGAGAGGACUGGAACGGCUACGCGCCGGGGGGCGCGGCGGCCACCGCCAACGCCGUAGCUCACGGCCUCAACGGGGGCUCUCCGGCCGCCGCCAUGGGCUACAGCGGGCCCGCCGACUACCACCCGCACCACCACCCGCACCACCACCCGCACCACCCGGCCGCCGCGCCCUCCUGCGCCUCCGGCCUGCUGCAGACGCUCAACCCCGGCCCCCCCGGGCCGGUCGCCACCGCCGCCGCCGAGCAGCUGUCGCCGGGCGGCCAGCGGCGGAACCUGUGCGAGUGGAUGCGGAAGCCCGCGCAGCCGGCGCUGGGCAGUCAAGUGAAAACCAGGACGAAAGACAAAUAUCGGGUCGUGUACACGGACCACCAGCGUCUGGAGCUGGAGAAGGAGUUUCACUACAGUCGCUAUAUUACCAUCCGGAGGAAAGCCGAACUGGCCGCCACGCUGGGGCUCUCGGAGAGGCAGGUUAAAAUUUGGUUUCAGAACCGCAGAGCAAAGGAAAGGAAAAUCAACAAGAAGAAGUUGCAACAGCAGCAGCAACAGCCGCCCCCUCCUUCUGGGCCACAGCCUCCCCAGCCACAGCCAGGGCCACUGAGAAGCGUCCCGGAGCCCCUGAGUCCGGUGUCUUCCCUGCAAGGCUCGGUGCCUGGGGUUCUGGGGCCAGCUGGGGGGGUGUUAAACCCCACUGUCACCCAGUGACCCGCAGCGGCCUGCAGUAGCAAUUUCAGGCUGAGCCAUGAGGAGCAUGGACUCUGCUAGAACCCUCAGGAAAGACCCCCCUCCCCUCUCACCCACACAUGUUCACCAGCUGACCUAGCCCUCAGAGCAGAAACAGACGGGGCCUGGGGGAAAGAUGAGUGUGGUUGGGGUCCUCAAGGAUGACAUUCUCCUAGAUUUCGACUUUUUCCGUUCUGA